AUGGCAUAUAUUGUGAAACAGCAAACGGGAAUGCAAACAGCUAGAUUCAGUGAUGAACAACUACAAAAUCAUGCAUUGAUUGAAAUUGAAGACUUGAUUAAGAAGGGAGGGAAAACAAUGGCUGAUUUCCAUGGAAUUCCGAUUCCAAAUCAUUCUGAAUUUGAGAGUAUUGCUGCAUUGUUAUUACCUGGAGGAAGAACAACACAUUCACGUUUUCAGAUACCUUUAGAUAUCACUGACAAGAGUACAUGCGAUAUUAAAAAGGGCACGCAAUUGGCAGAUCUUAUCUGGAAAAUGUGUUUGAUAAUUUGGGAUGACGCACCUAUGGCAAAUAGAAAUUGCUUUGAAGCUCUUAAAAGAUCAUUGAAAGAUAUUUUAUAUGAUGAUGACCAAUCAAACGUUGACAAGAUGUUUGGAGAAAUAGAUGUAUUAGAAGAUGAAAGCCUGUUAGAAAUUCCUUAUGACUUAAAUCUUACUGAAGAUUGUGCUCCACAAGAGACAAUUCUCAAUGUUGUUUUCCCAGGUUUAUGUGAUCAGAUAGGAAAUGCUUAG